UAUUAUAUUUGCUGCUUGUUGCAGUAAAGAGAAUCAAUCACACUGUGAAGAAGAAAGCAUAAAAAAAAAAAAAACUCAGGUGGAGAUAUUUAGAGAGAAAUGCUCACUUUGAAUCUCCCCGAUUCGAUUCGUCUUCUUCCAUUCCAAAACCCUAGGCCUCCCAAAUCCGAUUCGUGUUCUUCUUCUUCUCCUUCUUCUUCGUCGUCGAGGAGAUGUCUCUCCACCGCUUGUCCAAUUCCGAUCGGGUUUAGGGUUCGUGAUAGAUGCUUCUCUAGAGGUUUGAGUCAAUUGCGCCGUAAUGAUUCUCAGCAGCUAGGGUUUCGAUGCUUCCGACGAAACGCCGCUUGUUACAUCGAGAAAGCUGAUUCUGAAGAAAAUGAUAGGAAUCUGGAUGUUUUGGUUGAGCGACGAAUAGCUCACUCAAGAAGUGAGGCUCAGAGAGUUCUUAAGUUCUUGGCGGUAUCAGGUUCGGUUGCAUUACUCGGCAAUGAUCCAGCCUUUGCGGCUUCGUCAAUUGCUAACGGGACGCAGUCACUUGUCACUUCUCUUGGAGACCUCGGAGAUAUUAGCUCAGGUUUUGCUUCGGCGUUCUUGCUUAUCUUUUUCUCUGAACUUGGAGACAAGACUUUCUUCAUUGCGGCCCUUUUAGCAGCAAGGAACUCUGCUGCUACUGUAUUCGUGGGGACUUUUGGUGCUCUUGGGAUAAUGACGAUAAUAUCUGUAGUGCUUGGACGAACUUUCCACUACGUUGAUGAAAUUCUUCCAUUCAGGUUUGGUGAAACCGAUUUGCCUCUAGAUAAUAUUGCAGCUGUUUGUCUUCUGGUUUACUUCGGUGUAUCAACGUUAUUAGACGCUGCUUCAGAUGAGGGUAAAGCCGAGGAAGAACAGAAAGAAGCAGAACUAGCGGUUUCAGAGUUUUCAGGUAAUGGAGCCGGGAUAGUGGCAGCCGCAAGCACCAUCGUCAGCACUUUCGCCUUGGUUUUUGUUGCGGAAUGGGGUGACAAAUCCUUCUUCUCAACAAUUGCUCUUGCGGCUGCUGCAUCGCCAUUGGGUGUCAUCGCUGGAGCAUUGGCGGGUCACGGUGCUGCGACUCUGCUUGCGGUUUUGGGUGGUUCGUUGCUGGGAAAUUUCUUAUCAGAGAAGGUAAUUAUUAAUUCUACUCUCUAUCCAUCUCUAUGUAUAUAUAUAUAUAAUUAUAUACACAUACACAAUAUAUACAUAUUUAGAUCGAAUUAGUCUUAGAAACCUUAGUUCAGAAAAGCACUUAAAAGAGUACUUCUUUUUCUUUAUAAUGCCAGUUUUAGUUUUUUCUUACUCUUCUAAACUUGCAUUUAAUAUAAUAAUAAAAUGAAGAAGAAUAAAUUUUGAUUCCUGACCCAAAAAAGGUUAAGAAGAAUAAAACUAACUUUGAUGGUUGCAUUAAAAAGUUAGAAAAUUAUUAAUAAAUGAAACAAAUCCAUGUCCUUAAAUUAUCAUGAAAUGUAGGGUGAAUAUACUAAAUGCUAGCAUAUCCUAGGUUAUAUUCAGCUUUUAUAUUACACAAAAACCAGAUUCUCUUGGCAAUUUUCUAGCUUUUAUUUUUUAUCUUUAAGUUUUUCAAAAGUUCCAAAACACCUUGUUUUAAUUAGUCAAAGGAUCUCUUUUUUACUCUCGUAUUGUGUUUUGAGAUUUAACUUGAUAGAACAAAAGUGAGAGAAGUAGAGAUUAAGGUUUUUUAUUCUAAGGCAAGUGGCAACAACAAGCUUCUAUGUACAUUGAUCUCAAGUCUUCCACAUCAUUUAGUAUCUAUUCCUCCCUCAAAAAAGAGUCAAAAUAACAUCUUUUAUUGUUUUUAUUCUCUUUCUAUGUCCGAUCCAAUCUGUCAACAACGCGUGUUAUUCCAGAAAAACCGGGGGAGAAAUAUCUAAGCUAAACGAAUGGAUCAUUUUGUUUAGGUUUUAGAUCUAAAGUUUAGAGACUAUUUGAAAAAAAAAAAUUUGGGAGAGAGUGUGUUCUUAAGACGGGAAUGUUUAAAUGUUGUUUGGUUCGAAACAGGCAAUUGCUUAUGUCGGAGGAGUUCUGUUUCUCGUGUUUGCUGCUGUGACGGUGGCCGAGAUCGUCACGUAAGCAGCAAUAAUAAUACUUUUCUUUGCCUCUUACUUAUUGUAUAAAAAAGAAAAUACUAUUUUAAUUUUGGUUGCAGCAAAACUUUAGUAUAGAACUGUUCAUUCAUCACUCUCUAUCUUUCUGGAUACUAUACUGUGGAUUAACAGCAAAACAUAUGAAAAACAUUUUGUAUUUUAGUGGUUAGAAUUAACUUAGAUGUCAAGAUAGGUAAUAGCAUAGGUUAUGUUAUGAAAGAUGCGUCCAAACAUAACACGUGUUCGGGACCGGGAAGAAUAUAAAAGGAGUCCAACAUGAUAGAGCAUAUUCUUUUCUUUUUCUUUAUAUUCUUCAUCAUGUAAAGGUGUAAUACAAUAAUAUUACAAUCGUGCAUGUGAAAUCAAAUUAGCUGAGAAAGUUGUAAA